AUAGCAGCAUGGGGCAAUGAUUUUAAUUCAGAAGAGGUACAUCUUCAUGUUAAGAAGAUCAUUUUCAGGAUGGGAGAUGGGAGUGUCGUACCCAAAUUGGGUAAUAUGAAAGCGGUAUUGGGGAUACUUGCAGGGGCAGGUGCCUCAUAUGGGUUAUACAAACUUGUCCGUGGAAUAGGAGGUAAUGCAGAAAAGAAGAACAGGAUGAAAAUGGAAAGAAGUGGUGGCCUAGAUAUCAGAGCUACGGGGGAUGCACGCCUGGAACCAGGGAGCUUAAUGGCCAAAGUAUCCGGAUUUAAUGUAGUUGGUGUGCCAAAGACUCCUUCUCAGGUCACCGCUGAGGCAUCAAAAGACCUCAUAACCAAGUCCCCUGAUUGCUUGGAGCCGCGGCACAUAGGGAUGCUUCUGUCGCUUUUGCAGAGCAGCCCGAACUUUUCCGAGAGGUCCCAAGUCCUCAUUACACUGGGGAACAGUGCAGCUUUCACAACAAACCAGGACCUCAUCCGUGAAUUUGGAGGCCUUCAUAUUAUUGCAGGAUUUCUCACAGACACUUCAGCUGAUGUUCGACUGCAGACAUUAAAUGCCAUGAACAACCUGAGCAUGAAUAUCAGAAAUCAACAACAGCUGAAGGUGUACAUUCCUCGUGUUUUGGAGAUGAUCGAGAUGUCUCCUGUCAACUCCGAGUUGCAGCUGGCUGCCCUGAGGUUCCUAACGAACAUGUCAGUCACUGAUGAACACCAACACCUGAUGAGGCACUCUGUCAACCUGUUCCUGUCGCUACUUGUCGUCAGCAACGAGGUCACUCAGGUUCAGGUGCUAAAAGUUCUGGUGAAUUUAUCGUCAAAUCCAGAUAUGAUUGAAGAUAUUGUUCAAGCACAGGCCCCAGCCUCUGUGGUGCUGCUGUGUGACUGCUGCACCAGUGUGCCGGUGCUCCUGCGCCUGCUGGCUUUCGUGGGUAACCUGCGGGCCUGGACCCCGUCUGCCCAGGUGGUGGAGGCCCUGCGCUGGAGGCCCGACUCGCUCUUCUGCGUGCUGCUGGACGAGUCCUCCCAGCUCCACCACCGCCUCCCCCUGCUCCUCCACCACCCCGACCCAGAAGUCAAGGCCCAGGUGGCCAGGACUCUCACAUAGCCAGCCAGCUAUACCCUCCCCCUGGGCCUGCUCAUGGAUCUGGAAUACAGGGACAUUCUCUCUCUCUCUCUCUCUCUCUCUCUCUCUCUCUCUCUCUCUCUCUCUCUCUCUCUCUCUCUCUCUCUCUCUCUUGUGUCUGUUGCGCCAUCAGGUGUUAACCUCUUGUGCACCUAAAAAAAUAACUGUCUCUCUUUCUGUCUUUCUUUCUCUCUUUCUGACUCUCUCACUCUCGCUAUCUAUCUAUCUAUCUAUCUAUCUGUCUGUCUCUCUCUCUCUCUCUCUCUCUCUCUCUCUCUCUCUCUCUCUCUCUCUCUCUCUCUCUCUCUCUCUGUCUGUCUAUGCCUCCUCCACAGCCAGACUCUACAGUUGUUGGCUCCUCUCCUGUGCACUGUUAUGUUGUCUUCUCAGCAUUGUAAUGGCAGGUGUUCAGCUCUGCAGUGUCUUCUUCUUCUUCUUCUUCUUCUUCUUCUUCUUCUUCUUCUUCUUCUUCUUCUUCUUCUUCUUCUUCUUCUUCUUCUUCUUCUUCUUCUUCUUCUUCUUCUUCUUCGUCUUCUUCUUCUUCUUCUUCUUCUUCUUCUUCUUCUUCUUCUUCGUGUCCUCUGAGCUCCCUAUGAGCUCACAAACGUCGCCCACUGCCAAACCUUUUAUAAAUAUAGAGGUGGAUGGAUUGGUGAAUGUGUCUGUUGCACCAUCAGGUUUUAACCUCUCGUGCACCUAAGAAAAGGCCUCACCCUCGUGCAGGUUGGCAGAGGGUUGAAGUUAGUUCUACAGAGAGGUUUUGUGAGACUUAACAUUUCUUAUUGCCUUUGUGACAGAAAAUAUGUCCUGCCACAGACAGUUUUGAAAGGGAAUGUUUUUAAGGUUUGCAUGCAUGCCUUAGCAUGGAGGAGUGGGUUUCCUACUGACUGGACUCUUCUAAUAUGUGUGCAUCUGUGUUAUUUUGUUAAUAGUCUGCCAAUGCUGCACAGCAACUCAAGCUUGUGAAGAGAAAAUGCCAGCAAGUGUGACUGCCUCAGAAAAAACAUCUCUGAAGCUUACAAGGGUUAUGUUAUUGAGGCUAUGAGGGAUAUGAAGUUUUU